UCUCCGCAUCAGAGGACUAAAAGCACGCUUUUACUCUCCGCUUUACCCUGCUCGACGCUUUUUCUUAAAAAUGUAACAACUUGCUGCUGAGAUUUUCUAACAAGAGUUGUAUUUUUUUUCAAAGGUUAAAUCAAGUUUUUGGACGCAAAUAUCGGGAAAUCGAGUUUUACGCAUUACAGCCAAGAAGGACCUCACAUCAGCCGCUUUUGUCUUUCCCCCAAUGAAACAAGGAGUAUUUUUCCAGCUGAGGAAUUACAACCUGAGCGUUUACGACUUUAAAUAGGCGGAAUGUGUUGAAGGAUUUUCCUGCAGUCGUAAAAAGGAGCGUGUUUCGCCGCCCUCAUUGUUCUGAGCGCGCGUUCUCUCCAUAUGGCGUAAAACGUGUUCCGCGCUGAAGAAAGUCGUCAAGCAGACACGUCGAAAGCUCGCAAACCCAACUUGACACGGGCAAACUUUAAUAAUGGCGUUGCCUGGUCCCCAUUAAAGACCUUGCAUGUGAGUAAAGACCGUGCUGCUGUUUUCCAGACCCUGCAGGGAGCUUUAACUGUCUCCUGUAAUCUACAUUUUCUCCGGAAUUGCUUUUCAUUGGAAGUAGUCUUCAAAGUAGAAGAUGGCUUUUUACUUCCCACCAGUUUACAGCCUAAUCCCCCUCCUUGCCUAAUGGCACAGUGACCGUGAAAACUCGGCUUUUUGCAAAGGACUUGGUCUCUUGAGUCAAAGUCCUGGGUUUACUUGACGCAUCCAUCCACCCCACCAUCCUCCUGACUUCUUCUGCCACCACAGGGUCGAGACAAAAAAUGUUAAGUAUGACUGCAGCAGCAGGUGUUCUAACAGGCUUGGCUAAGCUUAAACGGCAAGACUCUGCCCGUUCUCAGCACCGGCCCAUACCACCUACAUCGCCAGGCCUGGGAAACCCCAACCCAGAGGCUGCCCCCAGAAAGCGUAAAAGACGCACCGAUGUUGUGGUAGUACGAGGAAAGCUCCGCCUCUACUCUGCCUCCGGGUUUUUUCUCCUUCUCGGACUGGUCAUCUUGGCCAUCGGUAUCGGCAUGGCAACACUGGGUUACUGGCCGCACAGUGAAACCAUGCCCUCUGGCCCACCGGCCAAAUUGGCGACUGGAGGAGGAUCUAAGAUAGCAACUGCCGGAGGAGCUAAAACAUCUUCCACAGGUGAAGGAAAUGGAGCCAAGAUGGCCGUCACAGAGGAGGACGUGGCUAACUCCAGCACGAGUCACAAUGUGCAAGGUACGCCCUCCAAGCAGACUGGGGGUGUUCUGACGCGGUUCCUGGAACAGCAUCUUCACUCCGAGAGGAUGAAGAUGCUCGGGCCUUUCACCAUGGGCAUUGGGAUUUUCAUCUUCAUCUGUGCCAACGCCAUUCUUCAUGAAAACAGGGACAGGGAAACAAAGAUAAUCCACAUGAGAGACAUGUACUCCACAGUCAUUGACGUCCAUCGCCUUAGGCAGAGAGAGCAAAAACAACACCAUCACCGCAAUAGCACCUAUGCAAGAGAAGCUGGGGAUCUUCGAGCCUUUGGAGCUGAAAACGCAGCACGACUGGCCAGCAACUCCCUCCUCGCAUUCUCCUCUCGGGCCGGAAGCGGAGGGUCCACAGAGGAGGAAGAGGUGCUAUUAGGGGACGAGGAGUUUCACAGACACAGGGGGCAGGCUAAGUUGGAUUGUGGCUUUGCGGGGCUGCUGGCGCCGCUCUACAAGGAUCGCCCCUUCUGCGGCCCAGGGCUGGGGUUCGCUCGCUCGGAUUCAGUGCGCCACCAGUGGUCAGUGGACGGAGAUGGGGAGAAAGGAGGACACCAUGCCCGCUCUAUUGUGUCCUCCUCUAUCUCUGCAUUUACUCUCCCUGUUAUAAAACUCAACAACUGCGUUAUUGACGAACCGGAGAUGGAGGCAAUUACUGAGGAGGACAGAGGAGGAAGCAGAACAGACAGAGAAAGGUCACAGCCUCUGAGCUCGAUGGAGUCUCUGGUGAUUCCUGUAGCAUCCGUUGCCAAGGCCUCCAAACCACCGAGCUUACACCGGAGUCACUCCGCCUCCUCCUCUCACUGCUCCUCUGUCUCCUCUUGUUCCCUAUCCCCUGCUCCCUCCUCUACCUCAGGCUGCUGGCUCUCCCCAGGAGCAGCAAGGAGCGACUUUGGCUCCAACUCUUCUCUGCACAUACUCAGCAGCCACUCCAAGUCUCUGGACCUGGAGCGCGGGCCGAGCAUGCUCAGCGUGCACCCGGAGCAGCGGAAGCACCCCAGCUGGCCGCGCCUCGAUCGUAGCAACAGCAGCCGCAGUAAUGGUGGCAACCGGGGCAGCAGUAAAGGCUACAUGCGGCUGGAGGACAGGGAAGAGCAAGGGGAGCGGCUGUUAGAGGUGUCACCGUCUCUGACAGUGACGCGCGACUACAGUAAGCGGGAGAAGCUGCUAAUGAUAUCUAGGUCGCACAAUAAUCUGAGCUUUGAGCAUGACGAGUUUAACAGCAGCACACUGAAGAGAGGGAGCUCUGAGACUCGAUUCUGAAGACCCUUAACUAAAGGUUAAAGACACUUCUAUCCUGUUCUGUAGAUUACUCUCCAGACAGUAGUGACAGAGUGUACAGUGCGUUUGCGGCACACAAACUGUUGAGUUUAACAGCUGCACCCUGGAGAGAGGAAACUCGAACGUGGUUUCAAAGACACUUCACUGAGCAUCAGGCUGGAGAGUAGUCAAUAAUGGACAUUGUUCAUGCCUCAUGUCAGUAAGACACUAGAUGCCGACUGUACCAGAGGUGCUGUAGCUGAGCCUGACCUGUGACCUCUGUGGAGGGAGGGAAAUGAAAAGAGAAGUUAAUCAUCUGUCUACUUUAUACAGACAUAGUUCUAAUAAAGUUUUAAGAGGAUCUCAACCCUGAGACAAUG